CUAGUUUUUACAGUUACUUCGUUUCCGGUUGAAAGCGCCAUCUGUAAACAACGAGCAUACUGACAACGAAAAAAGAAGAAGUUAUGGACUGGGAAAAUAAGUUUGCGUCAAUUUUACGCGAGGCAGACUCAAAUUUAUCUAAAACAAGACGAAAGAUAAACUUCACCAGAUAUAAUGAUAGAAAUUUUUCUGUAUCAUUACCAAUGAGGAGAACGUCUUCACUGUUAGAAUUUCCUAGAACAGAUUUUAACAGUAGUGUUUAUAAUCCUUGUACAACAGAGCCAUCAGGAACCAGUUCAGGACUGGUACAAGCAUUAAGUGAUAGACUGGAAGAGCAAAAUAGGUUGAUUGACCAGUUAAGGCAGAUGGUAAAUAGAUUGGAGACGGAUAGGAAUAACUAUAAUGAACAGAUUAGAGAACUUAAAAAUGAAGUAUAUAAAAUGAGUGGCAGUGAAAGUCCCAAAAUUGACCGCAAACUAAACAAAGUUCGUCAUGAUCUCAAUGGAGAUAUUCAACUAUUAAACAGUGAAAUUCAAAUGUUACGCAAUACUGGAAGUAAUAGAAUGUCUGACAAUCAGUUCUACUCACUUAGUAAAGAUGUACAAGAAGUAAAGCAGAGUUUAAAAGAUGACAUAGGAACUAUUAAAAGAGAUAUAGAUACUGUCAAAUCUAGACUGUUUAAAAUGGAGUUAGAUGUAGCAUCUGCAUUUAAUAAUGGAAAAGAUUUACAGAGAAAACAAGAUCUCCUAGAUAGGAAUGUGCAUGAUCUAGCAAAACAGCAGCAUAAACAGGAAUAUAGACCAACACAGGGAAGUUGGAGUCCUACAUCAGAUAAUGACAGACUAAAUAUAUCAGAACUAAGGUCCACAGUUUCAUUAUUACGAGAUAGACUUGGAAACAUGGAAGCUGUUGUAAAUAGUCGUCCAACAACACCCAGAUAUAGUACUCCAGUGCCAAAUGGCUUCUCAUCAUCAUUAAAAUAUCAGUCAACAUCACCAAAGAAACACAAACCAAUAUACAAGGCCAGUAUCAAGUUAGAUAAUGAUGUAGAUUCAGAUGACUUCUUGGUGUCUGAUGAUGAUUCUGAUUUAGAAAUAUUCAACCCAAAGAAACAAGAUAUUAAAGGUUUAGACAGUGGUUGAUUCAUAUACAGAUGAUGAUGACUUAGAUUUGGAUGACCUUGAUCUUGAUGAUGAGAUGGGCUCCUUAGAUUCAGAGCUGAAUGACUUGUAGCUAACAGGAAAAUAGGAUGCAGUGCUGAAUGACUUGUAGCUAACAAGAAGAUAGAAUUCAGAGCUGAAGGAAUUAUGGCUGAAGUGAAAAUACUGUAAUCACAGAAAUUAAGCAAUAUAUAAUAUACACAUGUAUUAUUGUUAGACAAAUUUUAAGGUGUAUAUUUUUAGACUUUUUUAUCAGAAUAGAUAAUUUCACUUGAAUAAUAUUUCCUAUGAACAUGUUUAAUCUUGCUUGAGCUCAUAAAUGGUGGUUAUAAAAGUUUAUAUGUGAAAAAUUAUACUUAAAAACAAUCUAUAGAGAUCGACUUGCCAGCUAUUGGGAAUCCAUUUUUAGAAAUAUAUUUUUUUUUAAUUCCUCAUUGGUGAUAAUGUUUUUUUUAUCUUAUGUGUAGAUGCUUUUCCACAUACAAAAUUUGUAAAAAAAAAAAAAAAAAAAUGCUGAAAGAAUCAUUUGACACUUAAUAUUUUUAAUAACCAUUUUUCUCAAAACAGUAUUUAUCAAAAUAUAUGUAUGGGGUAUUUAAACACUAUAUUUAUUGAUACAGCCCAAAGUGCUUUUGUUUUUUUUUAGCUUCGUUGAUCAAAAGUUGUGUUAACACUGCCAGUUAUUUGUGGCUUCAUUUCUUUACUAACCUUCACAUUUUACAUUUAACUUGCUAUGAAAUCUUUCUCAAAACAUUAAGAAAAAGAAAAAAUGUAUUUGAUGACACGUUUCUGAUAAGGUUAUCACCACACAUACCUGAUAACAUUGCUGAAAGUUUAAAAAUAAAGUUCUUAUUGAACUUGAAACUUGAACUCUGAUGAAAUUUCAAUCUGCAUAUGUAGCUGUUGUGUGUUAAAAAAUGCUUGACAAAGAGCUUUGAUGUAUAAAAACCCUUUUUGGGUCGUUUCUUUUUAAUAUUGUAAUAGAUAUUUAAUAUGUAACAGCUGUAAGUUAAUUUAAUUAUUUGAUCUUCACAUGUUUUGGGGUUCUGAUAUUGUUUUAAAGAAAAUCUAGUAAAAACACGAAAAUCAGUGCUAGAUUAUUUUAAUGUAUGAUCAUUAUAAUGAAUUAUGUAAAACAAAAUCAGAUCCUUAAUGAGUUCAAUAUUAUUUUAUUAUACCCCCGCUUUCAAAAAAGGGGGGUAUACUGUUUUACCUCUGUCUGUCAGUCCGUCAGUCAGUCCGUCCCAUGAAACUUUCGUCACAUUUUUCUCAGGAACUACAUAUCCACCCUUUCUGUAAUUUGGUAUCAACAUUUAUAUAUGUCAGCCAUACCGUGUGAUGUGUUUUCAGAUUCAUCAAUUGACUUCCUGUUUACCGAACACUUGUAUGAUUUUACACAUGAUAGCCAAGUUGAAAAUUUUCGUCACAUUUUUCUCAGGAACUACAAUACAAGGAUUUCUGAAAUUUGGUUUCAGGAUUUAUAUAAGUCAGCUAUACCGAGUGAUGCGUUUUCAGAUUCAUCACUCGACAACUUCCUGUUUACCUAGCACUUGCAUAUUUUUACACUAUUUAUAUUAUCCACUUGCGGCGGGGGUAUCAUCAGUGUGCAGUAGCUCGCAGUUUCACUUGUUUUAUUUUAAAAUCCUGCCUUUUAGAAUCUCUAUGCUAGAUAUUGCCUGUUUAUAUACAAUGUUCAAUAUACACAAUAUAUAUAUUUAUCCAUGACAACUUAUACUCGCCAUAAUAAUCAGAAAGUUAUACAUGUAUGUUAGAAUGCUGUUUGUUAGUGUGUAUGUGUGUUGUGUUUGAAGUGAAGGGUAAUUAUUAACUUGCAAACAACAGAAUGUGGUUGGGUAAAAUUAGGAUGCAUUUUUAAAAAAUGUCUGCAAUCAUUGAGAUAUGCUGUUCUUUUUCCUUUAUGUAGUUAAUCAACAUUAAUUUAUCUCAUCUGUAAAAUGAAGCAUUACCAUCUGCAUUUAGAUAUUUUGUAUUGCUGUAAAAGUAAUUGGAUAGAUGGGUUAUGGAAGAAAAAUAGAUAAUCCAUAUACUAAGUUACAUUUCAUAUCAAGAGUCUCACAGUUUAUGUGUAGGAUCUCUUACAGAAGUAUAUGAAAAAUUAUAAGUUUUCCGUUCCACUUUCCAAAAUUUUCUUGAAAUUGUGCAUUCAAAAGUUUUAUUCAAUAUGCAGCUUAGAUUUAUAUAUUUAAACACAUUGCUACUGAUACCCACAAAAUUAAUAAUUGUGUAGUUUUUAUACUAACACAAUUAAUAGAAUAAUGGAUAUUUCCAUUGUUGUAUAAUUAAUGUUUAUAUGACAUUUUACUUUACUAAUGAAUUUUCUGUGAUAAUUUGUAUUCCCGUAUUUGAAGUGUAGUGAAUACAAUAACAAAUACUUUUCUGAUGUAACAACUCUUCACAAUAAUAAAAUCAAAAGUUCUCAAAAACUUCCAUACAAUAUUUGUAAAGGUGCUUACAAGUUAGCAAACAUGUAUUAUGCAAAUUUUAUAUUUGUAUUCAUUCAUCUGUGAUGUUUAUUUUAUAUCUGUUGUGUAAUUUUGUUAUUAAAAUGUUAUAUAUUUGUAAA